GUGGAUUAACAAGAGGAUUUGUUGGGUUUUUAACUAUGCCAGUCACUGUUAUAAAAGUCAGAUAUGAAUCCACAAUGUAUAACUAUGAUUCGCUUUGGGGUGCCAUGAAAUCAAUUUAUAAGAAAGAAGGUACAAGAGGAUUCUUCAAUGGAUUUGCAGCAACAGCUGCAAGAGAUGCUCCAUAUGCUGGAUUAUACGUUUUAUUAUAUGAACAAUCCAAAGUUUCAAUACCCAUCUUCUUCCAAAUCACCAAGGCAUCAGAUUCAAAUGUUAAUUUGUUCAAUUUUAAAAGAUCUGCUUUGAUUAAUUCAAUGUCUGCAUUUUUAGCUGCAAGUUUAGCAACUACAAUAACUGCACCUUUUGAUACUAUAAAAACAAGAAUGCAAUUGGAACCUACGAAAUUCAAUGGCUUUUUCAAAAGUUUUGGUGUGAUAAUUAAAAGUGAAGGUUUUAUUAGGUUGUUUGAUGGAUUGUCUCUUAGAUUAACUAGAAAGGCAUUCAGUGCUGGUAUUGCAUGGGGGAUUUAUGAAGAAUUGAUUAAAGUGAUUAGUUCGAAAUUGUCCUAACCCUAGAUUUAUUCUGUAUAUAUUAUUUGUUCAUGACCUAUAUAAUGAUUUUAAGAAAUUUGUAGCUGUUUGAGUUAUUGAUAAUGUUGGAUCUAUUGGAUUUAAUGAUUUUUUAGUUUUGGUAUCAAUUAUUGUUAAUG